AUCGAAAGAUAUCCGAGCGGCGUAUCUGUAACAAGAUAACGUGCCUCGUCGACUAAAAGUGCCUCGCCUCACCUGCCUUCCAGUUCGCCUCGCACGGUUAUUAAUCCGUUUCAAUUUCUCUCUCUCUCUCCCUCUCUCGUGGACGAAAAAGAAAAAAAAAGAAACUUGGUGAAAACGCGAAAACGAGGGGGAAAAAGCAUCAACGAGUCUCUGCACGAGUGACACGCGGAUAAACAUGUGAAAGGAACACAUUGUACGAGUUCUCUCUUCUCUCCCUCUCUCUCUCUCUCCCGCACGAUUUCGAUCGUGCAAAUUGUGUCGAACAGGAAUGGCCAUACGCGCGAGGGAAGUGAUACGAUCGGACGUGGACGGCGGCCUGGCUGGACCGGCUAAUCCAAUACCGGACGAGUCGAUAGACUGUGGCUGCGCGCAGCUGCCGUGCCCCAAGUUGGCCAGAUUCGCGACGAGGCGGUUGUUCGUCGGAUUGCUGUCAUGGGUGGGCCUGAUCCAAGCGGCCGCCUACGCUUACCUCCACAUGGCGGGGCCCACGAUAGCGAGGAAGUUCCAGUUCCACCCUUACGCGAUGGAAUGGGUGCUCAUAGUUUCGGACCUGACGCCGUUCGCCCUCGGGGUGGUGAUCGCUUAUUGGGGCGACAGGAUACACAGGGCGGCCUGGAUCGGCGCCAUUGUUCUCCUGCAAAGCGUCUCGUAUUUCGUUAUGAUCAUACCUCAUUUGACCCAUCACACGAGAGUGGUGGAGGAGACCGAGAACGUAACCCACAUGUCGAUAUACGCCGACGACAGUCGGGAUCUUUGCUCGGAGACGUCGUCGAGAAUCGUGGCCAAGGAGAAGGAGUUUUGUUACUUCACGUUGGCGAUGAUCGUGGUUGUGCAAGUGGUGGCCGGCAUCGCGAAUAUCUCCUACUUCGCACUGGGCGUUUCCUACCUGGACGACAACACGAAGAAGAAGCACGUAUCCGGCCUCAUAGGUUUUCUCAUUUCCGUGAAAAUUUUCGGUAUCCUUGUUGGAUGCAUGCUGGCGUGGAUAUGCCUUAGAUUCGACGCGAUUACAUUGAACCCCGUAGAAUCGUACAGGGAACAGAUCGGCGCGUGGUGGUUGGGUUUGCCGAUUUUCGCCUUGCUGCUGGUAAUUCCGGGCCUCCUUCUCUCGUGGUUCCCCCGAAUGCUACCAUCAGAGAUCGUGGAGAAAGCAGCCGUGUCGUUGUUGAACAAUUCCAACAAUCAGUCGAUUCGAGCGCCACGCACGGUAGUGAGUCAAAACGUUGGAAGCAUGGACUUCUGGCCAUCGUUGGGCAGACUGAUCACGAACAAGAUUCUGAUGUGCCAAAUCCUGGCCUGCACCCUCUACAUCAUGGCCAUAGUGAAUUUCGUUGCUUUCGAGAAUCUUAUUGGACAGUCGAGAUUUCACGUGCCGAAGCCCACUGGGAUGUUACUGGGUUUCGAGGAUCCUAUUUCUUCGAGAUUAAUAACGAAUAUUUUGAAGCCCAGCCUGGUCGCGUUGAUCGUUGUACUCUCGGGAAUGGUAAUUUCGAAGUUGAAACCAAGCGCGAGAACUGUCAUUGGGUACAGUAUUAUCGUCGUGCUUUUGGCAGCUGGGAUCAUAUUUGCACUCACUGCCGCGACCUGUGACAAAAAACCUAUCUUCGGCACAAAUAAAAAGGGAUCUCUCGUAUUAUUGCAUUAUUGCAAUCGAAAUUGUCGAUGUUCAGACGAUGCCGAUUUUCGUCCCGUCUGCGACAAUAAGGGCAUAUACACCUUUUAUAGCCCUUGUCACGCUGGAUGCACAUUUUCCGAAGUCAGAAACGGUAUAACAACUUAUAGUGAGUGCAGCUGUGUAAAAAGUGUAAUAGGCAAAACGGAUGCGAUCGAUGGACCUUGCACUUCGAAUCGUUGUCAAUUCAAUUGGGUAGCUUUUGAGUUUGGAAUUCUCUUAUCCUGCGUAUUAAUUGCCUCGACCUUCGUGGGAGAUAUAUUGAUCAUCUUAAGAUCGGUGAACGUGCAGGACAAGGCUAUCAGCAUAGGAUUUCUCAUGACGUGCAUAGCAUUUAUACCUGGAAAAAUUUUAUACGACGUGAUAGCAAACCUAACCUGUCUAUAUUGGGGUGCGCAAAAAACUUCGUGUCGUAUCCACGAUGGCACGAAGCUCGGCAACUAUCUGUGCUAUAUGACAGGUUCUUUGUUGGUUUUGUGCGUUAUAUUGAAAUUGGUCGUGUGGUGUCUCUCCGAAGAUUUGAAGCUUUACGUCCAGAAAGAGGGAGAAGCAACGUCGAUGACUGAAAUGAGAGAAAUGAUAUCAAGCACGAAUGAUGCGACCAAUCAACAAGGUCGAAGUGAUAAUGAGAGUGAAGUUAUAGCGCAUCAAUCUUCUUCGAAUGAUACAACGAUUAACGUAGAAAAAUCAAGCGAAGACUUAAAAAAAUCCGUCAAAUCCAUAUACGAAAAUGUAAGAGCAGAAGAUCAAGAGACCGAGAAAACUCCACUGAAAUACGGUCCCUUAGGUCCUGGAGAUCGUCGAACGGAUUCAAAAACCUCUCUCAAUCAGCCGUCUCAAAAAUCAAAAAUACGAAACAUAGACUCGGAGGACGAUCUAAGUUCCAGUGACGAAGAGGGAAAGAAAGAUUCGAGUCCAAAAGUAGCUUACAGACCUUUGGAUAUCGAUUCAGACGUGGAAAGUGAUCUCAGCAGCGUGGAGCCAAGGUCACGUAAACGCAUCAUGGGAAGAGAGUACGAGUCUGUGUAUAACAGCGAUACUUCUUCCGUCAAAAAUUCACUCAAACGAGAAUUUCCAAAUCCAGACAAUUAUGGUGAUCCAAGGUUGAAUCGAAGAAACAUAGACGGUUCUUCGAAAACGAGCAGUUUUGAAUUUUCAAGGAAGAGGGAAGACGAGCCUCUACAGAAGAGGGGAGACUUCAACGAAGUCGGUAUACCUGUUGUCGAUCCUGUAUCCACGAAAGGUGUAAAAUCGUUGAUCGAUAGAUACGAAAAGGUUGAUGAGGAACAAGAAUUGGCGAUAGCGGGAGAGAAUGGAAGUCAUCCAGAACCUAAGAUAGGAAUUCCAUUGGUGGCCAUGACGCAGAAGAAGUCAAGUUCGAUAAAUCAAUAUUCGUCCGGGUUCAGCAGUUUAGGGGAUAGUAAGAUUCCUGAGAAUCGACCGGCAUCGAGAGAAAGUGUCAGCCCAAAAAUGUCCAGUAAAGGAAGUUUAGGAACGUUGCACACUGAUUUUUGAUAGAUAAUGAUAAUAGUGUUGCAUGUUAUUUCGUUUUGACAUUUUAUACCGAAGUCUAUAGAAAGUUAUUUAUUCAGAUAUUUCUGUUUACUUUUUUUCAUCUAUUCAGAAUUGAAUUUUAUUUAUGUUAUUCGUGAAGUAUUAAAGUGUAGCUAUUAAGAUAUUAGGUAAGAGAUAAUAGAUAAAGUAAUAUAUUGAAGUUGUUUUCAGUUUGGAAUAUGUAAUUUUUUCCAUGAUGUAGGAAUCAACAGUUGUUAUCAAAUUGAUAUAUUUUAAUGAUCGUUUUAUUUCAUUAAGCUAUAAAUAUGUUACAGAUAAUUCUGUAAUUUAAUUGAAAACUUUUAAUGAAUUAUAGAUUAUUUAUAUUAUUAGUCUAAGGCUAAGUGCAAACUAUAAUUAAAAAAGUUAUUUUGUAUACGAUUGAUAGUCUUAGAAUUUUGAAAUUGUAGAAGAAUGCUCAAAAAUCUAUUGUUGUUGAAAAAUGUUUCUGUUGAAAACUAAAAGAAAUGAAAAUAAUUGAUAAAAAUAUGAUUAUUCGUCCGAAGAAUAUCUUUACAUGAUUUUCAAUUUAGCAUUUCUUCUAUAUUUUAAAUUUUAUUAAUUUGGUAGUAAAUACAGUUUUUCUUCUUCAUAUCACAUAUUAUUACAGCUUCUUAAAUAGUACAAAUUUAUAUUAUAUAUAUAUUUUUAUAUUACUUACCGAAGAUUCGAGAUACAUACAUAUUCUUCGUAUAUUUAUGAAAAGAAAAAAAAACGAAAAAUUAUUUACUAUUCAAAAGUAUGAAGUGCAAAUAAUUUAUAAAAAAAGACUGUAUGAUUAAUUCAUAAUUAGUUUAAUAUUCAUAUAAUACUGCCAGUAAUUUAAAUAAAAUAAAGUUUAACAUUGUCUAUGAAAAUUAAAUUGAUUUUUCUUUUAUAUGAGAUAAUAUACGAGGUAAAUCAAUAAUCAUUUAUUUACACUUCAACAUAAGAAAAAAAAUAAAUUUAUUAUAGAAAAUAAGAGUACUGCAAUGUUCAUCACAUAUUUGUCAAAUUAUUUUAUAUUUAUUACAAAUUCAUUUAAAUAUAUUAUUUUAUCUAA